GUGAACCACCAAAUGCGCACACCACACCGCGCACACACGUGCUGUUCCAUCGAUAGGCUCCAGCUCCUAACACACCGGCCAAAAAAAGCAUUCACAUCUCGGUCUGUACAUCAUUUAGCAUGGGGUGGGUUGGCCAUCAAUCAGUCGAGGUGCUCAGAGGCCUUCCUGAGCUCUGCCGAUAUUUCCUCGUCCGUUAUCCACCUGGGCACACACACACCGCAUGCACCAGACGCUGCAGACAGGUGUCAGAAGAGAUGGUGAGAAUGUACAUACCGUUGUGGCGGAACUUUGGCCGAGCCCUUCCUCCGUGUGGCGGAUGACACAUGCACCUCUGCUGGCGACCGCACCUGGCCACUCAUCCGCUCACACGCAGGCUGCUGCGCACCUGCAGCCAUCAAAGAAUGCACACACGUGAAGGUGAAUGGAAGGCACGGAUGUGGCUCUUUCUGGCGAUGUGUCUGUGUGUCCUACUUUCGAUGGCUCGUUGCUCCAGGCGCCGCAUUUUGACCUGUGCGAUCGUGGUGGCGAGCUGGGGCAGGAGGCCCUGGCGCUCCUUCUCCUUGUGAUAGCUGACACCACACAACAAUCAGGCUCGUAAGUACCGUACCUUAGUACGCGGCAGCUGCUGACUGUCAUCAGGACGAAUGCCUGUCUGUCAGUGCAUGUCUGCUUGCCGUUUGUUUUUUCUGUCGCCGAUGUCCAGUUUGAUGUGCUCGAUCUCCACCCUCUUGGCCCGCCCACCCACACGCAACCCCUGACACACCGCAGAUGGACACAAAGACAGACAGACAGACAGAGCCGUGUAUCACGGCAGCCGCGAAAUGAUUGGUGCGUACUUGUAGUUGCUUGAGAAGGUAGCCGAGCUGCUCGUUCUGGAAGUCGACGGCAUUGACGCAGUUGGUGUAGCUCACGCUGACACGCAAUGCACCGCACCCAUACACACACACAGAAAGACAGUGAAUCAAUGUGCGUGUUGGUCGUACUAUCAUGCCCACCCACCCCAUGUGGUCGAGCUGCUGCCUCUCCUGGUCGGUCAUGUAGGGCACAUGUGCCUCCCAGUCGUCAGAGUGAAAGAAACCAUACACCUGCCCACCACACACACAGAGAUAAACAACGAGAAGCAUGAGUCAAGGUCCGAUCUCUUCCCACAUGCGUCACGCACCUGGUCUGUCUGUGUGCGGCGCUGCUCGACGGACUCGUAAGACUCCUCCUCGACACACGCAUCUGCCAAACCAACACACGCAUUCACCAUCCACACACGCUGAAUGCGGGCACCCGUCGCGAUGGAUCUUUUGCACCUUCUUCCUCUGAUUCAGAUCCCAACACGUGCUUGAACAGCCACAAAGCCAUGUCCUCUCUGAGGGAGAGAGCGGUUUCACGAAAUGAGUCGCGAAAGCUUCUGAUAACGGCAGCGGCGGUUGAGAGAGAGAGCUGUUGUGAGCUCAGAGAAUGAUGGAUGAGCAU